AUAUUUCUUAUCCUACAAGUAAAAUAGAACAAUAAUAACUGGAGUGAAUGAGACCGUUUUCGAACUGAAUUAUUGGAUAUAAAUGAAUUUGUUAGUUCAAUCGGUUGUACUAUACGUCAAAAUCACUCGACUGUGUGCUGCCUUGAUGCUGGUAUUGGUGGCGUCUUUGCAUUGAAAUAUUCGGCAUAAUAAAACUAUACCUACAAUGGGUAGGAAUGUGGAUAAAUUUUUUCUUCUCAUGUGGAAAAAUGUUCUUCUUCAGUAUCGAAAACCACUUCAAACUAUCGUAGAAAUCAUGGCAACUGUAUUCUUCUGCCUCAUUCUCGUGUAUAUAAGAAAUGGAUCGGACACCAAGUUGCGUCAGGAUAUAGUUUUUCCAGCCUUCUUGCCAGUUCCAGUUGAACGAAACCUUAAUGAUACAACGGUUGAACAAAUCUUUAAUGACUCUCUGGUUGAACAGGACUAUAAUGAUACAAUCGCUUCAGUAUUUGGUGUUCCUGACAGAAAAAUAUUAGGAUUUCCUGCAGAGCUACGAGCAAUACAAUAUGGUCAGGGUGACUGGAAAACUAAUCUCAUUUAUCCAAUAUAUCAAACUGCUGGGCCAAGAUAUAAUGGAAUCCCGACCGGUGGAGUUCCAAAUUAUCACAAAGAAGGAUUUCUGGGCAUCCAGUACUUCAUAACCGCAUCUAUAAUUCUUGUUAAAAAUGGUUUCACUUAUGAUACUAUAAACACCAAAGUAACGGAACUAGAGAAGUGGAUUGUUGACAAUCAAGUUCCCGUUAUCAACAUGAAACGUUUUCCACAUGCAGAAUGGUAUGAAGACCCUUUACAUGAAAUGCUCAAAUCAACAAUUGGAAUAAUUAUAAUGUUGAGUUUCGUAUAUACUUGCAUUAACACUACGAAAUCUAUAACUACAGAAAAAGAAAAUCAACUCAAGGAAUCAAUGAAGAUUAUGGGGUUACCUAACUGGCUCCAUUGGUCAGCAUGGUUCGUGAAGUGCUUCAUUUUUCUUCUUAUAUCUGCCAUCAUAAUAGUAGUUUUGCUAAAAUUCAGAUGGUUUACCAAUAAAGAGUCGGCUGUAUUCACCAGAUCUGAUCCAAUAGUAAUGACGUUAUUUCUCAUCUUCUACAUUUUUGCAACUAUUACAUUCUGUUUUCUGGUCAGCGUAUUCUUUUCGAAAGCUAAUAUUGCAGCCCUCAACCUUGGAAUUUUCCCUUUGUAGUUUCAUAUUGGUGUGGUCAGGAAUACUGUAUGGACGAUAAAAAUGAUAAAUACUCAAGUGUUGAAGGAGAAUUUUUUGAAUGCGAACCAAAAAAUUUCAAAGCUGGAAUUCAGAUAAAAAGUCUCUGCAAAGUUUUUGGUAAUAAAGUAGCUGUGAGAAAUAUCUCACUUAAUAUGUAUGAAAACCAAAUAACUGUUCUACUGGGUCAUAACGGUGCGGGAAAAACUACAACUAUGUCAAUGCUGACAGUCAAUAAAAGUGGUCGAAUUAACAGAAAUAAAAAAUAUGAAGAAAAAUUCAGUAACUCUGCUCCAAAGUUCAGAAAUGGAAAAGCAUCAACUUUGUCUGGAGGUAUGAAAAGAAAACUAUGCGUGGGAAUAGCUCUGUGUGGUAAUUCUAAAGUUGUAAUGUUGGAUGAGCCUACAGCGGGUAUGGAUCCAUCUGCAAGGAGGGCAUUGUGGAACUUGUUACGGUCUCAAAAGCAAGGACGAACUAUGCUCCUUACUACACAUUUCAUGGACGAAGCUGACCUUCUUGGAGACAGAAUUGCAAUUAUGGCAGAUGGAGAACUACAGUGCUGUGGUUCAAGUUUUUUUCUCAAAAAAAAGUACGGUGCUGGUUACAGACUCAUAAUGGAAAAGGGGAAUGAUUGUGAUGUUGAAAAAGUAUCGUGCUUAUUGGCGAAGUACAUAUCCGAUAUUGAGAUUCGCAGCAAUGUUGGAACGGAACUGACGUAUCUCUUAGACGAUAACCAAUCAAUAAUUUUUGAGUCUCUCUUAAAAGAAUUGGAAGAAGAGUCGACAAAACUAGGAAUACUGGGGUAUGGAAUCUCUCUAACAACUUUAGAGGAAGUUUUUAUGAAGGUUGGUGCAGAUCAUGGUCAUGAAGAAAAUAACAACGGUUUGUCACUUGGAAAUGGUCUGACGAAAGAAAGUACAAUUGAACUAACACCAAACAAAGUUGAUUAUUCUUUUUCUUUGAUUUAUUCAAGGGUUGGUGCAGAUCAUGGUCAUGAAGAAAAUAACAACGGUUUGUCACUUGGAAAUGGUCUGACGAAAGAAAGUACAAUUGAACUAACACCAAACAAAGACAACGUUUCCAUCUUGCCAGUUCACACUGGUGGGUCAUCCUUAUUGGUGAAUCAAUUUCGAGCGAUGUUUAUGAAAAAAUAUAUUUCAAUAAUUCGAUCUUGGAUUUUAAGUUGCAUUCAUAUGAUCUUGCCGUCCAUAUCACUGAUAAUUACAUUUGGUGUGGCACGAUAUAACAGAAAAACAGGAAAUCUUCCACCAAUGACUUUAAAUUUGAACAAAUUUGAAAAUUCUGUAACGCAAGUUGAGAACAAUGGGUACGGUUACACAGAUGUCUUAGAAAGCUAUGGAUAUUUGUUCAGUGAAGUGAAUAAUCUGACAGAAAAUACGCUGGAAUUGACAAGAACGAAUCCCAAUCUGGUACGAAGGAGUUACAUCGUUGGUGCAUCUUUCGAAUUUAUCGACAUACCUUUCGUAGGAACAACAGGAAACAUCACAGCAUGGUUCAAUAAUGAUCCAUUUCAUAGUCCUGGUAUAUCUUUAGGACUUGUAUUGGACAGUAUUUAUCGAAAGUUAUGUAAUGGAAGCAGCAUUGAAUUCACGAAUCACCCAUUGCCUUAUAUGGUUAAAACCGAAAUAAUUGAACUUUUUUUUGGCCAGUCUGUAGGGUAUCAACUGGCAAUAAAUGUCGUCUUCAGUAUGACCUUUGUCUCCGCGUUCUACGUCAUUUUCAUUGUCAAAGAGAUCAAAUGUGGCUCUAAACACUUACAGUUUAUCUCAGGAGUUAAAGUCCUCGUAUUUUGGAUGACGAAUAUUUUGUGCGAUUCGUUGACGUACGCGUUGACAAUUUCAUUGUUUCUUAUCACGAUGACAUUCUUUCAGGAAGGAGGUUACAGCAGUUCUGUUGACUUCGGUCGGAUGCUAAUUAUACUACUAAGCUUUGCAUGGUCAUUUUUACCCAUGAUAUAUAUUGCCAGCUACUUAUUCAAAGAACCUUCAAGUGGAUAUAGUAAACUUGUUUUAUUUGGGAUUUUUACAGGCAACGUACUAUUUAUAAUGGUUCAAAUAUUCUCAACUUCUGGUUUGAAAUUCAAAAAUAUCGCAGAAUGGCUACAUUGGAUACUGCUAGUGACUCCCCAUUAUUGUCUAGCUACCGCCUUCAGUGAGAGUUUCAAAGUAUAUUCAUUCAAUGAGGUUUGCAAGCGUUUAUUUGAGAGCUGUGCACUCAUGCAUAUUUCGGAAGACGAGUGCUUCGAUAUAAUUGGUUCGAAGGAAAUCACGGAUGUAUGCACAGACCUGAAUAUUUCAUAUUUUCAAUGGGACUCUCCAGGGAUAGGAAAAAACUUGUUUUUCUCAUGUUUCACAGGAUUUUCUUCGUAUAUUAUACUUUUCUCCAUUGAGUAUGGAGUAUUUUCUCGACUCACUUCCUAUUUCGAAAAAUAUGUCUCUAUUCAUCAGCCGGUUAAAAUCAUGGAAGAGGAUUCUGACGUCAUUGAUGAAAAAGAAAGGAUUUCUAAUGCCACUGAAAUGGAUAUACGUUUAACCUACCAACUAGCUGUUAGAGAUCUAACCAAAUUUUAUAAAAAAUCCCUGGCAGUGAAUGGAUUAUGCCUAGGAGUGAAAAAGUAUGAAUGUUUUGGACUUCUCGGAGUAAACGGAGCUGGUAAAACUUCAACAUUCAAAAUGAUAACUGGGGAUGUAAAAAUCUCCUACGGUGAUGGUUGGGUUACCGGAAAGAGUAUAAAAAACCAACUGGCGGAAGCUCAAAAAUGUAUCGGUUAUUGUCCGCAAUUUGAUGCUCUCCUAGAUGACAUGACGGUACACGAGACAAUCGUAAUGUUUUCCUUAUUGAGAGGGAUUAGACUGGAAAAUGUCUAUAAUUUACCACGGUUUCUGGCUAAGGAAUUUGACUUUCAGAGACAUCUGAAUAAGAAGGCAAAAGAAUUGAGCGGUGGAAAUAAGAGAAAAGUGAGCACAGCAAUUUCAUUAAUAGGAGAUCCUCCAGUGUUAUAUCUUGAUGAGCCAACUACAGGAAUGGAUCCAGCUGCUAAACGUUAUUUCUGGAAUGCACUCUGUAAAAUUCGGGACAACGGCAAAUGCAUAGUCCUUACGUCACAUAGUAUGGAAGAAUGUGAAGCUCUUUGCACACGACUUGCCAUCAUGGUUAAUGGAAAUUUUCGAUGUUUGGGGUCUACCCAACAUCUGAAGAACAAAUUCGCAGAAGGUUAUACUUUGACAAUCAAGUUGAGAAAACUAUCAGACUUUUCCGGUUCCCAACGUUCCGUAGCAGAACCUAUCGAAAAGUUCAUAGAAGAACACUUCCCAAAAGCUCAAAUGAGAGAGAAACAUCAAGAGCUGGUAACGUACUACAUUACUGAUAAGUCGAUUCCUUUGUCGAAAAUGUUUGGUGUCCUUGAAAAAGCGAAACGAAGUGAUCUCAAUAUCGAGGAUUAUUCCUUGGGACAGAGUAGUCUUGAACAAGUAUUUCUGACGUUUACAAGGAAUCAGAAAGAAACGUCUUGAAGUUCUGCCAUACGAGUAUUACCUCACUAAGGAAGAUUGCUUUAGCCCUCAGGAUGUGCCCACAAAGUUGAAUUUUGAUCAUUCGUCCUUGAAUCAUACAAAACAAUCGGUGAAAUUCGAAAGUUGAUAAACCGAAUGUCAAUUUAUUAACCAAGACUUUUGAUGCAGUUACAUUUACAGUACCAGUUACUUAGAACAACUCACUUUUCAGACUUUACAUACAAAUAAAUCAUUUAUCGCAAAUAUAUUUGAAAAAUCUGCGAUGUGGAAUACAUUGCUGUUUAUGAAUUGUCAUACGUUUUUCUCAAAAAUAUAUUUUUUGUCCACCGUUAUCAGAGGUUUUUGUUACAUACAACUUUUAGACAUUAAACUUUAGAAAAUCAAAAACAUUUCAAAUUAUGACAUGACAUAACUUUUUUGCUAUUUUGAAAAUACAAUAAUUUGCUGAAUAUUAUUGUACAAGUGAAGUAUUUGUUUGUUUCAACUGUGGAAUGAUAUGAUAUGAUGAAUUGCAUGUAAGAUAAGAUUUUUUUGUAUUGGUAUAAGCGAUGUUCAGAUUAUUUCAGUUGUGAUUGUUGAUCUUUUGAAAUUGAAGUAUCAUGUUAUGUUCAUUGCCAAUUACUACGCAAUUUUUUCUUUACCAUAUUGUAUUGUAUGGUAAGGAAUCAUAUUCACAGUAAUUUUAUAUAUUUAUGAAGGUGGAUCCCAAGGUUUACCAAAGUUUAAAUUCAUUAUUUGUUCAUCAGACGAUAAACUAUGAUAAGGUAUCUAUUGUGGAGUUGAAUUUGUAUGUGUACUCUUUCACCGUACCCAGUAAGGACCUCAUGAUAUUACAAAAUAGAUUUACUCACCACUGGAAUGAGAAGAUGGAAAAAAAACGUAAUUAUGAUUAUUAUGUUGUCAUACUGAUUCAAUAUUACUAAAUCAGUCCUGAAAAUAAGUGAUUAAAUAAUACAGAAUGUAAAGUAAACAAUAAGAACUUAAA